AUGAGGUGUCUUGAAGAGGAUUUAAUAAUCGUACCAGAAGUAACCGACAAAACUGACGAUCCUUUGGUGACUUCACAAUCACAAACAAUACGAUCAGAAUUGCUUCAAACUGAAGCAAGUUCCUAUGUUGAUUUGCUACCAUCAAGUUCAUCCGUCGUUUCAUUUCCUUUACCUCAGCGUAUUAAGGCUUAUCGAGGCUCGUCAGCACCAUUGAGUCCAUCUAGUGACGUAAGUAAAAUUUCAAAGCCAUGUACAAGUUCAUCAGUUCGUGUGAUUGAAAAGGAGUUUCCUUCAACUCCAAAAGCUAACAAGAAACUGAAUACCAAAGUUAUCAUACGUAGACUUAAAUACCGCAUGAAUAAAAUUUAUCAGUUACAGAAAGAGAAGAUUGAUCAAUUGAAGACUGUCAACGAACGACAGCGAAAACAGAUAUAUAGAUUAAAAUACUAA